AUGUAUAAGAAUAUUUUGUUAGCUUUCUGCUUUGCAUUAGCUUUAACAAAUGCUAAGUUGCUUUUUGUAAGUGAAGCUUACAGACAUGGAGCUAGAGGAUCUCUAAGUCCUUAUUAUGAUGGAAAAAAUUAAAGUGAUAUCGCUGGUCAAUUGACUGCUACUGGCCAAAGACAACAUUUUAACUUUGGAUAAAUUUUAAGAAAUGAAUAUAUCUACAAUUAAAAUUUUAUGUCUGAAAAAUACAAUUACACAGAAAUUUAUGUUAAGGCUGAUGACUGCGAUCGUACUAUAAUGAGUGCACUAAGUCACUUCUAAGGGUUUUAUCCUGAACAUUUCGGUGCUAAGCUUCCUCAAAAUUUACCUUAAAACUACACUUAUCCACCUUUUUCUUCUGAGUUCAUGAAUACAACUUAAAUUAGUGAUAAUUAUGCUUUCCCUAAUGGAAUUUAAGUUUUACCAGUACAUGUUUCAUCUGAGAAAAAUGACUUUAUUUUCUUAGCAUCAAAAAUUUGCUUAAACUAUCCUAUCCAUGUUGCUGAAUUUAUGGCAGAAAACGUUAAAGAUUCUGCUUAUGUAGAUGCUCAUAUGGCAAAAUAUUACUUAGAAUUAAGUAUUAUAUUCAAAAAGACAAUAGCAGGUUGGAUCAUGACUGAAGGAUUACAUGAUACCUUGAUUGCUGAUUUGUACAAUGGUCGUCCUAUUCCUUAAUUGUCUUAAGAUACUUGGAAAGCUAUUGAAUUCCUUGAUGACUUCUACUGGUUUUUUAUGUAAAGUGGUAGCUUGAAAGCUGUUAAGUUAAUUACCUAACCUAUGUUAGAAGAUAUUUUAUAGAAGUUCGAUGCUGCUAUUGCAGGUACAUCUCCUCUUAAAUGGUUAAGCUUUAGUGGACAUGAUAGUAACGUUGCACCCUUACUUAGAAUAUUAAACUUUACCAAUUAUGAAUGUUUGAUGAAUGAGUAUUUUAAAUUAAAUUCAACACAAACCUAUUUAAAUUGUGUUCAUAGACCUGCAUUUGCCUCUUCUGUUAUCAUCGAAUUACACUAGAAUGAUACUGAUAACUCUUAAAACUUUGUAAGAAUUAGAUACAAUGGUGAAUAUAUGAAUAUCUGUGAAAGAAAUAGUACAUACUGUGAUUACAAUGAAUUUAAGGCCAGACUUAAUUUCUAAUUCCCUCAAGAUUAUAAGAAAGAAUGUGGUAUUUAAAAUCUAUUUGCAAAAUCAAGUAGCUUUUCAAAUGUUGCUUCAAACUCCUCUAAUGAAUAAGAAGAUAGUUUAAUAAUCAUAGUUUUUGUUUAACUAGCCGCCCUUAUUGCAAUCGGAUGGUAUGCAAUUAGAACCAAGAAAUAACAAAAAAAUUAAUAAAACUAAAUGUACACCAUGCCCCUUUAAUAACAAGUUUACUAUUAACAAGCAUUCUGA